CUGGUUGCAUCACUACGCGGACACACUAAAUCUGUUGUUUGCCUGGCUGUUGGAUGUAACAAGAUGUUGUACUCAGGAUCCAAGGAUCAAAGCAUCAAGGUUUGGGACCUAGACAAAUUUGAGUGUAAAAUGACACUCAAUGCGCAUACAGGAGAAGUCACAUCCCUUAUUUGUUGGGACAAAUUCUUGCUAUCCGGUUCAUCAGACUGCACUAUCAAGACUUUGCUUGAGAAGAUGAAGUCGGUGUACACGAAUGUAGAAGGUCUUCCUCCGGAUCGAAUUGUGGAAAGCAAUUGCUUCUCCAGGGCGUGGUAUUUUGGCCAUGGAUGAAUCCAAUGCUACAUGUGGAAAGCGGUUGGAUUCAAUUGGACUAGAGAACACCGAAGCUAACCGUCAAGUAUGGCGUAAAAUUAUAUAUGAAGAAAGUGUUAUGACUUGGUUAAAAUAUAAUUUUUAUGUGUAUGAUUUUAUAGUACUUGAAAUAUUAUGAAUGCACAUGAUUUUGUAUA